AUGGCUACAACAACAGCGAGGUCAAUAACUACUCCCGACGACACUGGGUUCCGGUUCUUGUACGAGCCUAUCGAGGACGUCGAGAGACUCGAACGUUAUCAACCAGGGGGCUAUCACACCGUACAAAUCGGCGAUCAUUUUCAUGGUCGCUAUAGAGUGAUCCACAAGCUGGGGCAUGGCUCCUAUUCCACUAUAUGGCUGGCUCGGAACGAGCAGAACAACAAGCACGUGGCAUUGAAAAUAUGCACGGCCGACUCAAGAAGCAAGGAGAUGAUAUCUUCCAUCAUAGACACUUUCACUGUCCACGGUCCGAAUGGCAAUCGUCCUUGUCAUGGCACCACAGCAGCACGAGCCAGUCUCACCGAGUUGAAAGAUGGUUCGUGGAUUUCCUUAUUCCAGCUUGACGUCGCACGAGCACUAGCUGCCCAAGCUGUUCUUGCGGUGGACUACAUACACACGCAGGGGGAAUUGUGCAUGGAGACCUACAUAUGGAAGUAUGGAGCGCCCGAGCGCGAGCCGGUCAUUUGUUUAGAUGGGAAGCCGCUUCCUCCUGGUGUUCCAUCUCACGCGGUAGUGCUAAUAUGGCUUGGGGCAGCAAGUGAGAAGAUCACACUUCCCGAAGCCAGGACCCUGCUUACAGAUUUUGGUGAGGCCUUCUCUUGCUCAAACUCGAAAGAACUCAAGUAUGAGUCUCGCACCCCGCUUGUCAUUCGCUCCCCCGAGGCACGGGUCGAACCAGACAAGCCGCUAUCGUAUGCGUCGGAUAUUUGGACUCUUGCGUGCACGACAUGGUCUAUCAUAGCUCAAAGGCUGCUGUUCGAAGAGUUCGUUGCCACAGAAGAUGACAUGACCCGUGAGCACGUCGAUACCCUUGGCAUAUUGCCAUUGGAGUGGUGGAAGAAGUGGGAGGCGCGACGGGAAAAGUUCACCGAGGAUGGUAGGCCCAUCAACCGCAAUCCAUUCCGGUCUUGGCGAGAUCGGUUUGAAGACAGCGUGCAGCAGCCCAGACAACGGGAAGGGAUGCCCGUUCUUGGCGACGAUGAACGAGAUGCUAUCUUUGACAUGCUACGACCGAUGCUCGCAUUCAGGCCAGAGGAGCGAUGUACGACUAAACAGAUCCUCGAGUCAGAAUGGAUGGUGAGAUGGGCGCUCCCUGCAUAUGAGAAGAUUCCGAAAAAUGAAAAAUAG